AUGAUUGCUUCUCAGCUGCAGACUUCUGUGUCAAUAUUGGUUUUCUGUGUCUUAAAAGUCAGCAGCCUGGACACAUUUAUUGCCGCUGUCUAUGAGCAUGCAGUGAUUUUGCCUAAUUCCACCCUCAUCCCUGUGGCCCAUGAAGAGGCACUGGCAUUAAUGAAUCAAAAUCUCGAUCUGUUAGAGGGAGCAAUCACAUUAGCAGCAAAGAAGGGUGCACACAUUAUUGUGACUCCAGAAGAUGCUCUUUACGGCUGGAAUUUCAGCAGGGAAUCUAUUUACCCAUACUUGGAAGAUAUUCCAGACCCUCACAUGAACUGGAUCCCUUGCAACAAUCCCAACAGGUUUGGCUACACUCCGGUGCAAGAAAGACUAAGCUGCCUGGCCAGGGACAAUUCCAUCUAUGUCGUGGCAAACAUUGGGGACAAGAAGCCGUGCAAUGCCAGUGACCGGCAGUGCCCCCCUGACGGCCGUUACCAAUACAACACUGACGUGGUGUUUGAUUCUGAGGGCAGGCUGGUGGCGCGCUACCAUAAGCAAAACCUCUUCUUGGGGGAAGACCAGUUCAAUGCACCCAAAGAGACUGAGGUGGUGACUUUUAACACUACCUUUGGAAAGUUUGGCAUUUUUACAUGCUUCGAUAUCCUCUUCCACGAUCCUGCUGUCACCUUGGUGAAGGAUUUCCAUGUGGACACCAUUCUCUUCCCCACAGCUUGGAUGAAUGUUCUGCCACAUUUAUCUGCUAUUGAGUUUCAUUCAGCAUGGGCAAUGGGCAUGGGCGUCAAUUUCUUGGCAUCCAACUUACACUACCCCUCAAAGAAAAUGACAGGAAGUGGCAUCUAUGCCCCAGAUUCUCCCAGAGCAUUUCAUUAUGACAUGAAGACAAAGGAGGGAAAACUCCUCUUGUCGCAAAUGGAUUCUCAUCCUCGCCAGCCAGUAAUGGUGAAUUGGGCAUCUUAUGCCAAUGGUGUAAAAGCUCUGUCAAAGGGAAAUGAGGAAUUUAAGGGCGUUAUCUUUUAUGAUGUAUUCACCUUCUUGGAGCUCAGAGGAGUCACAGGAAACUACACAGUUUGUCAGAAAGAUCUCUGCUGUCACCUAACCUACAAGAUGUCUGAAAAGAGACCAGAUGAAGUUUAUGUCCUAGGGGCAUUUGAUGGACUGCAUAUUGUAGAAGGAAGCUAUUAUUUGCAGGUUUGCACUCUGUUAAAGUGUAAAUCAACAAACUUAGAUUCUUGCGGUCACUCAGUCGAAAGUGCUUCCACCAGGUUUGACAUGUUCUCCCUCAGUGGGACUUUUGCGACCCCGUAUGUCUUCCCUGAAGUGUUGCUGAGUGAAGUCCAGCUUGCACCUGGAGAAUUCCAGGUAUCAAGUGAUGGAUGCUUGUUUAGUCUGAAGCCACCAUCUGGACCGGUCUUGACAGUAACUCUGUUUGGGAGGUUGUAUGAGAAGGAUCAGGAAUCAAAAGCUUCACUAGACUUAAGGAUACAAGAACUAAUAGUAAUAUUCAUAGCUUUAAUGACUAUUGUGUAUUAA